AUGUGCUUCAUCCCGAACUCACCGUGGGCGAUGACCCUCGACGUUGUUGGCGGGAAAGAAUCGGCACCCGUGAUGAUUGGGUCACUGGCGACGCCCUUCGCCUUGUUGCCGGAGGUCUCGACAACCAUACCGGCGCUGGUGGCGAACGGGCGGUGGAUGUUGCCGGCAUUGAUGUCGCUGCCGGGUAACGUGGUGGUGCGGCCAGUGUGGGCGCACAAUCUGCAGGACGAGGUGGAGCUAAUCGAGUCGCUCCUGCCACGCUUCCGGUACGCCGCAGUCGACACGGAAUUCCCGGGGACGGUGUACCGGCCCAAGGUGCCGGCGUACGCACUCACGGAGGAGAAGAAGUACGCCCUGCUCAAGGCGAACGUCGACGGGCUGCACCUGAUCCAACUAGGCCUCACUCUGUUCGACGCGGCGGGCCGGCUCCCGGACCUUGGCACCGGCGGCGCCGUGCAGUACGUGUGGGAGUUCAACUUUCGCGAAUUCGACGUCCGGCGCCACCGCUAUGCACCCGAAUCAAUUGAGCUGCUGCGGGGCAAGGGCGUGGACUUCGACCGGACACGCCGGGAGGGAAUCGACGGGGCGGCGUUGGGCCCGCGGCUGCGCAAGCUGCUGCGCGGUGGCCUUGGCGAUGCCGGGGUGAUCACGUUCAGCGGCACCUACGACCUGGCGUACCUCGUCAAGCUGAUGCUAGGCCGCGGGUACAAGCUGCCCGUCACGCCGGCGCAGUUCGAGAGCGUCGUGAAGGCCAUGGUCCGCAAGAGGCUGUACGACGUUAAAGAGAUGGCGCGUCGCUGCCCUGGCGACGUCGACCUCCGCGGCGGGCUGGACCGCGUGGCCGGGAAACUGGACGUGAGGCGGGCCGUCGGUGAGGCGCACCAGGCCGGUUCCGAUAGCCUGCUCACGUGCCAGGCGUUCAUGAAGAUACGGGAGCGCUACUUCCUCGACGAUCACGAGCUGACGACCCUCGCUGGCGUGGUGGCCGGCGUCACCGUGUGCUGA